AUGGCGGGCGAACCUGCUGGCCUUGAGGGAGCCAGGACUGCACUUUCCAACAAAGAGUACAAGGAUGCCCUUGUGCUCGUGAAGGAGGUCCUGAGGAAGGACCCCGGAUCCUACGAGGCGCUCUUGCUGGCGAGCGAGAUCGCCAGCGCGGCGGGCGAGACCGAGCAGACUCACAAGGCUCUCGAGCGGGCCGUGGAGACCUCACCGUCGCGCCCAGAGGCAUGGAAGGCCCUCGCCAGCCUUGCCAAGGCCAGUCACGACACCGAUGCCAUCAUCCGCACCAACUCCAAGCUUCUCGAGCUGCUGCCCGAGGACGAGGCGGGGCAGCGCUUCGACUGCCAUGCCGCGCUGGCGGCGGCCUUCACCGCCCGCUCCGAGUUCUGCGCGGCCGCCAAGCACGUGGGCCGCCAGCUGGACCUGGGCGACCUGUACCCGGAGGAGCGCCUGGACCUGCAGUGCGCGCGUGCCGAUCUGGAGCUGCGCGCGCGCGAGGCGGCGGUGGCCACGGCGGUAGACCUGCGCCUGCGCGCCGCGCUGGAGGAGAGCGCCGCGCAGUGCGGCGACGCCAUGGCCGCGCCGGCGCCCUCCCCCGAAGCCCUGCGCCGCGACGUGCUGGUGGAGCUGGCGGCGGUGGACGCCGGACAGGGCGAGCCCGGCGACGAGUCCACGCCGCUGCUGCGCGCGCUGCGCGCCAUCUGCGCCGAGGCGCCGCUGGCGCUGCGCUACACGCGCUACUUCGACGAGCUGCUGCGCCGAUCGCUGCUGCGCAUCUUCACCGCGCCGGUGCGGAGCGCGGAGCGCCAGGCCGCGCGCCGCGCCGCGCUGCGCGAGUGCUGGGAGCUGACCUGCCCGGCGGGCGCGGGGGGCUGCUCCGCGCUGCCCUACGAGUCUGCCAUCUGGCUGCUGGAGGAGGAGGAGGAGAUGAAGGGCGGCGGCGCGCCCCCUGGCCACGCCACGGUGGGCGCGGCGGUGGGCAUCGCCGCGGUGGUGACCGCGCUGGAGAACUUUGCGCGGCGCUUCAUGCACCGCUUCCCCGACAACCCCAAUGCGCGCGCGUGCCUGGCGCUGAUGCUGCGCCGCCGCUCCGUGGGCGACGGCAGCCUGGCGGUGCCGCAGGCCACGCGCCGCGACCUGGAGCGGCUGCUCGCCGACGCCCUGCGCGACCCGGCGCGCCUGACCUGCGCCACGGCCUGGAAGGCGCUGGCCGAGCUGCAGUACGAGAACCGUGGGUACGAGGCCGCGGCCGACACCGCGCUGCGCGGCUUGCACUGGCUCCAGGCGCGGCGCGAGGCGGGGCACGAGGCGCUGACGCAGGUGGCGCUGGCCCUGCGCCUGGCCAUGGCCAAGUCGCUGCGCCGCCUGGGGCGCCUGGACGAGGCGGAGCGCCACUUCUCGGUGCUGGCGGGGUGGGUGACCGAGGGCGAGACCGCCUUUGCGGAGAUGAGCGGCGCCACGCCGGUCAGCAUCCACCAGCAGGCGCUGCGCGGGAUGGCGCUGGUCGCGCUGGCGCGCGGCGACGAGCACGCCGCGAAGGCCCAGUACGAGCGCAUCCUGGGCAAGGCGGCCAUGGGCCGGGGGCCGGGCGAGCACUGGGCCCACGCCGACUACGGCUGGCUGUUGUACAAGGACGGCGACCUGCAGGUGGAGGGGGGGGGGGAUUGGUUCUCUCUUCAAGUUUGA